AUGUGGCUUUUUGGGUCUUCCAAGCACCGACAGAUAUGUCAACGCAAACAAGAUGAACGUGCUUCUCGUAUAACGAAUCUGCCCGAGUCAUAUCAGUCUCUCAUCUCGUCCUCAGAACGCAAAAUCUUGGAUGCACCCAUCGAGGAACUGGUCGAGGAUGUCCAAAAAUCGAUCAAGUCACCUAUUGAUGUCCUGCGUGCUUAUGGCAAAGCUGCCGUCAAGGCACAAGAAGCCACGAAUUGCGUUACUGAGAUCAUGUUCCCAGAUGCCGAGACUUGGAUCCAGGAUGGCAGUGUCAACCUGAAAGGUCCUCUCGCUGGAAUCCCUGUCUCGCUUAAGGAUUCGAUUGUUGUUGGUGGCUUUGAUGCUUCUGUUGGUUACUCGGGUAAAUGCUUCAAGCCUCAUGCUAAAGACGGCGCUAUGGUGCGUCUGCUCAAGGAUGCUGGAGCUGUGCCGUUCGUCAAGACUGCUUUGCCUAUCACUUUGCUCUCUUUCGAAUCAACGAAUGAUGUUUGGGGAAGAUGCAAAAAUCCUCACAACAGCAAGUACAGUCCUGGUGGCAGUACUGGAGGUGAAGGCGCCUUAUUGGCAUUUGGUGGUUCGAGAAUUGGCAUUGGAUCUGACGUUGCUGGAUCUGUUCGCGCUCCAGCUCAUUUCUCGGGUUGCUUCUCGUUGAGAUGCUCGACUGGAAGAUGGCCGAAGUAUGGUGUCGACACUUCGAUGCCUGGUCAAGAAGGUAUCCCUAGUGUCUUCUCGCCUAUGACGCGAACACUCUCAGAUCUGGUCUACUUCACAAGAAGUUUGAUUCAAUGCAAGCCUUGGACCUAUGAUCAGAGUGUGCAUCCCUUGGCGUGGCGUCAAAACAACUACGAUGAGUUCAAGGAGAAGAAAAGACUCAGAGUUGGUGUGUUGAGAACUGACGGUGUUGCCGACCCUUCUCCUGCUUGUGCCAGAGCUUUGCAGACCACCGUGGACGCACUCAAGCAACAAGGACAUGAUGUGUUCGAUCUCACUCUCCCCGCUGCACCAUACGCACCCCUCGACGCCCUGUCCAUCGCUGCUCAACUCCUCAAUGCAGAGGGUACAAGAACAUACUCACGCUUCUUUAGCGCCGGUGAAACAAAUGACCCAGGAGCUGCUAAAUUGACUUUCUGGAUGCGUCUUCCCUCCCCUCUUCGCUGGCUGUACGUCAAGUACGUCCGUUACAUUCGCCGCGAUGCUGUCUGGGCUCGUCUCCUGGAAUCUUUCCACGAGAAGUCUGCAUAUGAGAAUUGGCAGUUGGUUUACCAGCGCGAGUCAUUCAAAAACUUCUGGUUCGAUUGGUGGAAUGGUAUCAAUGCCGAUGGCAAAGGCGAUAUGGACGUCAUGAUCACACCUCCCAAUGCUACUCCUGCUGUGCCUCAUGACGGUAUGAGAGAUGCUGUUUCGUCUUGUGGCUAUACCUUCCUCUUCAAUCUUCUCGACUACACUUGUGGUAUCAUCCCUGUCACCAAGGUUGACGCUGCUAAGGACGCUCUUCCCAAAGAUUUCGUCAUAAAUGCCAAUGGAGUUGCCCAGGGAGCGUACAAGCAUUACGAUGCGACUAAGAUGGCUGGCUUGCCUGUGGCUGUUCAGGUCGUGGGUAGAAGACUGGAAGAGGAAAAAGUUCUUGCUGUCAUGGAGAGAGUAGAGCAGGCAUUGAAGGACAGCGGAAGCGUCUAUGAGUUAUUGCAAGUGCCAUAG